AUGCACUAUUUUUUUAUUUAUUUUUUUCCCACUAACCCUUUGUUGCUAAUACCUCUCCAACUCAUAGCUGGCUUUAUAAAGUCACCUCUCUCUCAAAAGAAACUGACAGAGGAAAGUGUGGAACUGCACUGUGAGGCUAUUGGCAACCCCAUCCCCGAAAUCCAGUGGUGGUUUGAAGGAGCUGACCCCAAUGGUACCGCCAUACAGCUGUGGGAUGGCGCCUGGCAGAACCGGGUCCAAAUCAGCGCAACCUACCAGCGGCACUCCUCAAGCACUAUCGCCAUCACUAAUCUCACGAUCAAAGACUCUGGCACGUACGAAUGCUGGGCCAGCAACGACCCUGAUCGUAACCACUUGUCGAAGAGCCCCAAAGUCAAAUGGAUCCGUUCCCAGGCGAAUGUCAUUGUCACUAAGCGUGAGUGGCAGACUCCUACGUGUCGGCGUUCCCACGGACACCGAAAUGUCUCCAACAUUACCAUCCCCAUGCCCCCCCCCGCCUCUCCUUCCACCCGUGUCCUGUGGCUUUCCAAGACCCUCUUAUGCACCUCGGCUUCCCGACCCUCACCAGGGGCCAAAAUCUCAACCUCUCCUGAAGUAACUUCUGGAUCAAAUGUGAUUAUUUCAUGUAACAUAAGUGAAACACCAACACCUAUCAAAGGCAAUUACUGGAUGAAGGGAGAGACAAAGCUUGAGUCCAAUGAGACCGCUCUGGAUUUUACCUCCUACAUGAUCCCCAAAGUGGAUUACGAAACCUCGGGAGAGUACCACUGCGUCUUUGACACCAUGCCCCUCUCAAAAGCAACGGUGUACGUGAAAGUUGCUCCCCACGUGGUGCCCUACAAGAAGACGGAGCACGGAAACGAAGGAGACGCCAUAACGCUGACUUGCAAAUGCAAUUCUUACCCUCCUGCUACCCAGUGGACUUGGUACAAGAUGGUAGACCAGGUGCCUCAGCCUGUUGCCAACGGCACUGAAGAAAGAUUCUACAUCCAAUCCAAUGGCACCAAGACAGAUCUUCGGGUCAUUUCUUUGGACCUGGAGAAGGACCCCGGGAUUUACGUCUGCAAUGCCACCAAUGAAAUGGGCGAAGGGAGUGCUGAGGUGACCCUGAAGGUGCGGAGCCGGCUGGCUGCUCUGUGGCCAUUCCUGGGGAUUGUAGUGGAGGUGCUGGUGCUGGUCACAAUAAUCUUCAUCUACGAGAAGAGGAGAAAGCCCAAUGAGGUUCCCGAGGAUGAUGAUGAUGGAGGCUCUGCACCCCUAAAAGGCAACACUGCAAACAACAUGGACAAGAAUGUGCGUCAGAGGAAUGCAAAUUAAGCUCACGGCAAGGUGACACAUGAAACCUAAGCAGACAACUUAGAUGUUUCUUCUGACACUUUCCUGCUGUAAAACCAAUAAUAUUUCUAGAACAUCCUCCUUUCCUUUUUUUUUUUUUUUUUUAAAAAAAGGAAAAC